AUGACAAAGCAGGUCCCAGACACCAGAACUCUCUCCGAGCCUCUCAUGGGCAACCCCCUGCCGCCUCCUACCGAUACAAAUACGUCUCCUGUUACGUCCAGUGUGUACAGAGACAGUUGCCCAAAGCCGAAUCCUGAGUCAGGCCCAUUUGUUAAGUCAGGAGGCUUCUUCGGUCCCACAAACUUCUCGGCUGUCUUUCAGGAGCAUAGCUCAAACCUUGGCGACGAAGACAUACAAAUCACAGCAGAAUCGGAGGCAUUUGGGGCUUCAUAUGAGAGCAUCCAGUCCCAAACUUUCCUGAUGCUGCCAGGAAAUGAGCUACGGGGGUCUCCAAGAGUCGCUCUGGGCACCAAAGUGCUCGGUGCACUUCCCGAUCAGCAAACCUGCAGGUUUCUUCUGAGCUGGUACCAAGAGAAGUGCCGUGGAUAUUGUUCACCCAAAGAGUCCCAUGUCGCCUUGGCCAACUCUCUAUGGAUAACGUACACACGACAGCUCGCAGAACCACGACGUCUAGAGAGUCUCGAAGAGUUGUCAUCGAUUUUGUGCAAGAACGGCGAGUCAGGACUUGAAGAGUUUGAGGACUGGGAUGGAUGGUUUAUAUCAUGUAGUGGCGCUAAUUUGCGAUGGGAGACCCUUGGUGGCGUCUUCGGUGCUCUCACGAGCGCGGUCUUGUCGUUGCCAGAACGUGAUCCUUUCUUUUCUACACAGCUGGGUAAGAGGCGAAAUAGGAAGGAAUUUUCGAUUGAGCUUAAGGACUGCGUGCAAACUUGCGUUACGUUGUCAAGUUAUACGGAUCUCAUGAAUGUUCCUAUGGUUGAGUUGUUACUAACGAACUUGAGGCUUCAGACUGUGAUUAGUGGGGACAUCAGCCUGGUGGUUUGGAGACAACUUGGAGACCUGGUGAGUGCCGUGACGGCUCUGGGACUUCAUCGCCUCUCGCCUGGUGGGCCCAUUACCUUCCUCUCUGAGAUAAAGAAGCGUAUAUUCAACAGGACCUUUUAUUUCAGUAUGAGUAAUUCUUUGCUCACGGGUAGACCGCCGCAUUUAAGCCACCGCUUUUGUCACAUCGAGCUUGCUCUUGAUGUUAGUGAUGAGGUGCUCAUGAAAGGUGAGCAGGAGCUUCAGACGGCUAUUGCCGCACUUGACUCCAAUGGGUGGAAUAGAGAGGGCAAUAUAGACUUGAUGGCCAGAAUUGAGCAAACUUACGACUCAUUUCCUGAUUACCUCAAAUUCAAACUAGCAGAUGUCUCGAACCCAGAGAUUCCCGACCGUAAAUUAUGGACGCGUCUCACUCUCCGCCUCAUGAUGCUCGAGCACCGGUUGCUCAUUGAACGUCUUGCAUUCAAGCAGAAUAUCUUAGACGGACAAUCUAUGGUCGACUGCGCACGAGAAAUGCUGGAUCUUUCAGUCUUGAUCUGGGUACAGCGUGACCGAUUCAUCGAACAUCACCACAAUUAUGACUGGAUGUUGAUGUGCCGGGGCAUUCCUGCCAGCGGCGUCCUCUGCGUCGAGUUGCUGAAGCAAACAAAACAGCCACAAGGCACUCGGAUGCUCCACAUACCGCGCUCAGAAGUGGUCCAAAAUCUCUCCCUCCUCAUCGGUUUCCUAGAAUGGGUCAAACCUUCUGCUGGCAACUACCAGCUCUGUGCGAGGAUAAAACACAUUAUUAAGAAGAUUCUCGACCAAAUCCUGAAUCCAAAUCAGCCUAGCUCUGCUCCUCCUGCGAGCCAGCAGCUGGCUACUGAAUGGAAUGGCUUUGAUGAUAGCAUGCCGUAUGAUCCAAUGGUAGAUGUGGGAUUUGAUAAUGGGAUAGAUGAUUUGGACUGGCUGAAUACAGUGGAUUGGUCGAGGGGUCCUUGGGUGGAUUUGCAAGACUUUUCGGGUACGAUGUGGGAUUGA